GUGGACCUGUCGACGGGGACACGUGAGAGCCUGCCGGUGCCGGAGUCGGGGUACCCGAUGAUGGCGAUAGAGGACAUGAUCGGGUCGACAUGGGCCGGCCGAUGGCGGACGCGAGGUUCAACCGGAGCAUCGGCCGGAGGGGGGUUAGGAUGUCGGACGUCGCUUGCCUCCCUAUUUCGUCCGGAUGGUACCGGCGUAAAGUCGAAGACACAAGGCGCCUAAUCAAAGUCCAAUGCUACUCCGCCGAAGGCACGGCCAACUUCUACAUGCGGCCCAUCGAGGGCCUCACCGUCCUCCUCGACAUCGACACGAAAGAGGUCGUUGAGUUUGUAGAUGAAGGCCGAGACAUCCCCAUCGCCAAACCGUCGAAUACAGACUACCGUUACGAAGUCACAAGCAAAAACAAGCAGCCCGCACGGGUCAGACCCUUGAACCCGAUCUCGAUCGAGCAACCCUUGGGCCCGAGUUUUGAAGUGGUCGACGGGCACCAGGUCAAAUGGGCCGGGUGGGAGUUUCAUCUCAAGCCUGACCCGAGAGCCGGGGUGAUCGUUUCGGAUGUGAGGGUAACGGACCCGGAUACGGGUGAGAGGAGAGAGGUUAUGUACAAAGGCUUUGCUUCGGAGCUGUUCGUACCGUACAUGGAUCCUACCGACGCUUGGUAUUUUAAGACGUACAUGGAUGCUGGCGAAUACGGGUUCGGGUUGCAAUCGAUGCCUUUGGUACCGUUAAACGACUGUCCGAGGAACGCAUAUUAUAUGGACGGGGUGUUUGUAGCGGGAAAUGGGAAACCGUACGUCAGGUCAAAUAUGGUGUGUAUUUUCGAGAGGUAUGCAGGAGACGUCGGAUGGAGGCACUCCGAGAGCCCAAUUACUGGAAUGGAGAUAAGAGAAGCGAGGCCAAAGGUGACGCUUGUGGCGAGGAUGGCAGCUUCGGUGGCGAACUAUGAUUAUAUCGUGGAUUGGGAAUUUCAAACUGAUGGAUUAAUUCGGGUCAAGGUCGCAUUAAGCGGGAUCCUGAUGGUAAAAGGAACGCCCUACACCCACACGAACCAAGCCAAACCCGACGAGGACCUCUACGGCACGAUCCUCUCCGAGAACCUCAUCGGCGUAAUCCACGACCAUUACGUCACGUUCUACCUCGACCUCGACGUCGACGGGUCCGCCAACUCCUUCGUCAAAGUCAACCUCACCCGCCAAUACACGAGCCCCGGGGAGUCCCCGAGGACUAGCUAUCUCAAGGCGAGUAAGCAGACGGUCAAGACGGAGAAGGACGCACAGAUCAGGCUCAAGCUGUAUGAGCCGAAAGAGUUCCACGUCGUGAAUCCGGGCAGAACGACCCGGGUCGGGAACCCGGUCGGGUAUAAGGUCGUUCCUGCGGGCACAGCCGCCAGCCUGCUCGACCCGGAUGAUCCGCCUCAGCUUAGAGGCGCGUUCACAAACAAUCAGAUAUGGGUCACGCCCUAUAACAAGAGCGAGGAAUGGGCGGGAGGACUGUUCGUCUAUCAAAACAAAGGCGAAGACAAUCUAGCGGUCUGGUCGAACAGGGACCGAUCGAUAGAGAACAAGGACAUCGUGUUAUGGUACACUCUAGGAUUUCACCAUGUCCCUUGCCAAGAGGAUUUUCCUAUAAUGCCGACGGUUUCCUCUAGUUUUGAUCUCAAGCCUGUCAACUUCUUUGAGAGCAAUCCAAUUCUUGCGGCGCCUCCGAACCUAGAGAAGGACUUGCCUGUAUGCAGGGCUGCAGCCUCCGCUUAAAGAGAGGGGCCAGGGUUGAUUUUGAGCCGCACGUGACUUUGAUGUCAAGCACAAAUUUGAAUUGGCAUACAUUGGAUGUAAAUAAGCCAUGUAUGAAGAUUUGAGGUACUUAGGUAGACUAGAAUGCUCUCUCUC